GGGCCUUCCCCACCCCGUUGCAAAAAAAAAGAAGAAGAAAGAACGAGAGGAGAUGGGUUUUGCUUUUCCAGUCUUUUUGCCCCGGGCUGCUCUGCAGGAAGGGGGGUGACAUCAGAAAAGGUCCUUCGGUGUUUUGGGGGCGGGAUGGGGGGGGGGAGCUGGAAAUCUUCGUCGUCUCGGCCGGCCCCAGCCCUAGAGAGAGAGAGAGAGAGAGACAGACACACACACACACACACUCACACUCGGAGAGCGAGCGAGGAGGAGGAGGAGGAGGCGGCGGCGGCGGCGAAGCAGCGCGGCGGCUGCUGCUGCAUGUAGGACGAUGAAUUGCGCCCCCUCCGUCGGUGAGACCCGCUCGGCUCCAUGGUGAGGCGCAAGAAGAGCCCCCCCGGUGCCGAAGAGCCGCACAAUGGGAUGACAGUGAAGCUGAGCGAGCGCGAGGAAGGACCGAAGAAGCUGGGCAAGCGAGCGGCGGGCGAAGAGGAGUCCCUGGCAGAAGGGGCAGGCGAAGGCGCUCCUGGCACAAAGGAGGACCAGGCGGGCCCCCCCAGCAAGGCCGGCGACCCCCUGUCUUUGCCCCCGACCCUGCCGCCUGCCCACGGCCACGACCAGCAUCAUUUCCUCCGAUCCAGCGUCAGGCCCCAGAGCAAGAGGCUGAGGAAGGAUUCCCAGGCAUCCGGCACUGCUGGCAACGCUCCUGCCAAAGGGAAAGGUACAGUAUUGGACACCCCCCACCCCUCCAACAACAACCGUAAAACACUAGCAGAAAGGCAGCUACAAGACUCCAGGGAUUCUGAAACAAGCGGCAGCUGUUCCGAAGAGAAGAUUGCGCUACAUCUCUUCCCCGGAGAGAACUGUUCCCUGACCCCACUGCCAGGGGUUGCCAGAGUCGUACACUCCAAAGCGUUCUGCACCGUCCACUGGCAGGAGUCCGGCCGGUGCAAGCAGAACACGAAGGACUCUCACAUGUUGCCUCCAGCCCAGAUUCUAGGCAUACAGAGCGGUCAGGGGACGGCCCGGGGGCAGGUCAAAUACCCACGGGGGGCCGAGGGCAAGGGCGGGGCCAGGGCAGAGAGCACUACAGAAGCAAGCAAAAACACCCAGUCCUCGUUUGAUGCCACGGCGAAUGCCGACGACGGCUCUCCAGAGGCCGGGGCUGUCGAAGGAGUCUCCACGAGUCUCAGCGUCUCAAACUGUCUUGAGAAGCCGCCUGUCCGACUUCAGGAGCCAGGCGAGCCUCUCGAGAAACCGGUUUCCACAGUUCACUGUACCGAGAAUAGCGAGCCAUCGGUCACUGAAGUGACCGCCACGUUGCCGUCCAGCAACACCAGCUGCGAUUGCGGCCCUAUCCCCGAUCUGGAGGAACUGUCCUUGCUUGACCCAUUUCCUCGGUACAUGAAGUCUUGCCAGGACCUUAUUGUCCCCGAGAAGUGUCUUUGCACGGACAGAGCGAACGGGAAAGACUCGGCCGUGCCGGGGAGUGUCCCGGCCGGGAGUCUUUCAUCCGGGAGUUCAGAGGCUGGCAAUCUUGACUCGGCCCAGCCGGUGAGAGACCAGGUGGUGUCGCCCACGUGCGGCCCCUCCCAAUCUGAAACUCAGGCCCUCCCCUGCUGCGGACCCCAGGCGGAAACAAGUGGUAAGGAGCUGUCGGAUGCAGUAAUGGAAGACUCUCAGGAGAAGCUCAGCACCUCACUGCCGCCGCCGCCGCCACCUCAGGGACAAUCAGUCGCCAAGUCUCUCAAGGACGACCCGAGCCGCCUCGCGCACCAGGUCCGAGAGGAGGGAUGGAGCCUGCGGAACUCCGAGAGCCUUACCUUGGCUGAAGUCUACCUCAUGAUGGGCAAACCGAACAAGCUGCAGCUAGAAUACGAUUGGCUGUCUGUCUUGGGGCCGGGAACCCGGGAACCCGGGGAGCAGGCGUCCGAAGUGAAAUCUGCUCCUCCCUCAGCCACCUUUCACAAACAGAAACUCCUCAACUGCCUCUUACGACUCAUCGCCACUGAAGUGAACCCCAAACCGGCGCCAGAAACUAGCACUGCAGCGACAUCUCCUAUCAAGCCCGCACAAGAGGAGCACACGCUGACCCCUCCCGGGAAGGUGAUUGCCAUUAGCACCAGAAGUCCGGGCUGUGCACGCAACCAGCCUGCCCUUCGCGGCAAGACCUUUUCUCCUGGCGCCGUGUCCAGCCCUUCAGGUUUGAGAAACCCCUCUAGAUCCCUCUUGGCUGGCCCUACCAGUUCUGGAGGCUCUGAUGCCGACUGCGGCCUCUUUGCCGUCCCCACGACUCUCCCGCCCAACAGCAGGCAUGGGAAGCCCUUCUUGCCCAGCAAAGAAAUGGAGCUGAGCAUCCGGCAGCACUUGGAUACUAUCAGUAUGCAGUCUGAUUUCUUUUUGCCAAAGCCAAAGAAAUUGCGUAACAGACACCUGCGGAAACCGCUCGUGGUCCAGAGAACUCUGCUCCCCAGGCCAUCUGGCAACCCUUCCCAGCAUGUCUGUUCCUUCUCCAUCUUGUCCAACUCCUCAGUAACAGGAAGAGGAUCUUUCCGGCCAAUCCACUCUUCACUUACUAAAGCAGCUGUGUCCCGCCCCAUCAUUCCCAAGGCUCUUCCAGCACAAGCCGCCAAUCAUCUGUCCAGUACGAUCGAUCUGGCAGCCCAAAGUGCUGGUAUUAUCCCAGGUAGCCCUUUGCCCAUCCUGGAUGCUGAAGGCUUAUCAGGUGUUUCCCCGUUGUCUCCAGAUGCCGUGACUGGAGUGGUCACAGGGCAAGACUCCACAGUGGGGCAUCAAAACGGAGGCGCUGUGGCUUCUGUCAUGGGCUCGAGCACUGAAUGUCGGGUUCCUUUCAUGGGUCUCCCAGCACAGCCUGAUCAAGAGGCAAUCCCGGAUAGUUUCCAGGGAACGCCAGUUCUUUCUCUGCCUGACCUUCCAAAAACCACGCUCCAGAACGGCCUCCCCGCUCCUCCACUUUCCUCCUUGGAAGCAUCCACCAGCCGUCUUUCUCCCCCUAACGUCUCUGCCCUCUUGGAUAUCUCUCUUCCCGGGCCGCCUGAGGACGUGCUGUCUCAGGGAGAGCCUGCCACUCAGAUCAGUGACUCGAUCAUCGAAAUCGCGAUCAGCUCUGGUCGUGAUCUACGGUGUGGCCUUGAUGCGGUGCCAAGAGAAAAUGUUUCUCUGUCUCCGGCGAAGCUGAACGGCAGCGACACCUCCAAAAGUCUUCCGUCCCCUUCCAGUAGCCCUCAGCAGAACUGGAUUGCCUCUCCCACCCAUGACCCGCAGUGGUACCCCAACGACUCCACCGACUCAUCCCUCAGCAGCUUAUUUUCGAGCUUCCUUUCCCCAGAGAAGGGCCGGAAGAUGCUGCCAAACUCCCUGGGUACCACGGGCAGCACCUCCUUGUUGGGACCGAGUUUGCUGGAUGGGAACUCCCGGGACUCCUUCGUGUCUCGUUCUAUAGCCGAUGUUGCCGAGGUAGAUUCCCAGCUGGCUUGCAUGAUGAACGAGAACAGUAUUGAUUACAUCUCGCGUUUCAAUGACCUCGCCCAGGAGCUGUCCAUGCCUGAACCAACCCGCCGAGAAAUCCUCUUUGACGGAGGGGGAGGAGCCAGUGGCGGCCCUCCCAUCGGCGACCUCUCGCAGUGAGCUCUUUCAACCAGCUGGCUGGUGGAGACCAUUGGACUGACUCUGAACCUAGAGAGGAGGGGCCGGCGGCCUAGCUAUGCAGCUCGAAAACCUUGGGUAGCUCUGGCGGGAGCGUGCCUCAUGCGAAGAGCAGCAGCAUCUUCGCGCAUCUACCGUUCCUGGAAUGUGCAAUAUGCUAGGAACAACACAACCGGGAGCAGUAUUAAUGGAAGUUUAACACAUUGUAAGCUGGGGAUUAAGCAGAGUUUACACAACGGACCCGGACUGGCGGUCCAAAAUGGUCUGGGCAGCAGAAUCGACAAGAUACCUUUUUAAAAACAAAAACAAAUUUUAGUAAACCAAAACUCUUUAUUGUGGUAUCCACAUGGUGGGGAGUGGGGAGUGUAUGUGUGUGUUUAAAAUAACUCAUCGUUUCUCAAGUCGGUCACAGUUGGCACGGUUGACCGGUCCGGUCAAAUCAAUAUUUUUUGCACUUUCCAUAACAGGUGGCUGUUAGUCCUGCCACGCUUUUGCCAGAGUUCUUUCUCCUUCGCUGUAAAGUUCAUCGACAUUCCAGUGUGGCACGGGAAGCCCGUGUCGGUUGCCGUUUUCAAGGGCUGGGGUCGCUUGCUGAGGAGUCUUUGAACGUUGUUUCUUUUGUCUGUCUUUCUCCCAGACUGCUCCUUCACCAAAGGGCUUGCGUAUUGCAGUUUUCUCUUGAGGGCUGGAAACUUUGCGAAGGGGCUUCGGUUAUGGUCCCAGUUAUCCACACCCCCCCUUCCUUAUUUUUUAUUUCCCUAAGUGCUCAUCGUCUCUCAAUGCACACCUGUGCAGAGUUACUUCUGUCUAAGCCCAGUGAUUUCGGCUCCGCACAAGGUUCAGCCAUCGGUUUCAAAUCCACCUUUUAAAAACAAACAGAAAAACCUGUACUCUUUCCUGUGACGGGAGAGGUGACGUGGUUUUCAGAUGCAAAAACUGUGAGCUCUGGGCCUGCUUUAAUUUGCUUCUCCUGCCUAUCUUGCUUGUGCACUUGCAGCUGUCACCUGGUGGGUCCAAAACACCCUUGCUUCCACCUGGACACGUGGGCUUGCUGAUACCUGGAAUCCUGUCCCAACAGAUGCCUGGUUCCCAGUCCCAGUAGAUAAUCCCAAUGGACAUUUAAUGCCAGUCUCCAGUCCCAAUAGACAGACUAAAUUAAAAUGUGUUUUUAUUUUCUCCCUGUGUCUCUCACCACAUAGCAGGAGAUUGUGUGUAUGUGCGUGUGCCCCGCCACCCCUCUUGACCAUCUAGCCGCUGUUCAGCUCCUCAGCUGCAGCGAUAUGGAUUGCUGUUUGUGUGCGGUUUGUGAAACCCUCUUGUCACUAUGAAUAGGACUUGGUUUGCGGAAUAUGUACUGUGCCCUAGGGAUGCCCUCUGGCUGCCAUGUGGGUUUCCUCAAGCAUUUGAUUGGGGCAUGCAGCAUCGGGAGUUUGAACAGCGCAAUCCUAAGUGGAGGCCGUUGACAGCAUGAGCACAGAAGAGCGUAGUUCUCCUUAGACUCACCCUGUAGCAUAACAGGAGGGAAGGGCUGUCACCAGAAUUGACUAUCCCAAUUAGAGGGGGGUCCAAAAACCACUGCCAGUCGCUAGCAGCUCCUUGAUUUUUGGGACUCCCCCACCCCCCACUCCACCCCUCCAGCCCUUAAAAAUAAGAAACGCACUCUUCCUGAAUGUCGAAUUCAGUUUGGCAUUAGGAAACCUUUCCGGGCUGGGAAGUUGUGUGGCUUUUCAUACGUUCGCCCACUUGCUCAUCACUUGGCUGGGAAGUUCUUAGCAAUCUCAGCUUUCAUAGGUAAAGGAGGUUGAGAAGCUCAAAACUGCGCCAGGAUUUGUUUGAUUAUCCUUUUAGCACGACCCCUUGGCUUGAGAUUGUUGUUCCUUCCUGUCACACGGUUGUUUUUUUUCGUGGAAUGCUGUCAUAAUCACAUGUGAACACACGGGCACACGGGCGCACACACACACACACACACACACACACACACACACACACACACACACACACACACACACACACACACACACACACACACACACACACACACACACACUGUCUUAUUCCCGUCCACAUAAAUUUCUCAGCGCUGCAGGUCAUAACGGCGGUCCAGUGGCACAUAAGUGCUGCACACAGCUCCAGCGGUUUUCCUGUGUGUGUUUUUUAAAAAACAAGCAGAUGGUUCUUUUCGGUGUGGAGUACCUGGGUGCCAGAAAAACACGUCCAUUGUUGAGAGGAUAUCAGAAACCUCGUGCGCGUGUAGGGGCGUUGCUUUUCCAAGUUUUGGGUAUGCAUUUGGCAACGUGGCCGAGAUUAUCACUAUGUUGAAAAAUUAUUGCUGCGCCUGGCUGUCGGGUUUUGCCUGCGCCUUUAAAGCAGAUCCGGUGUUUCUGGUGUUUUGUCAUUCCAGCUUUCUUAGCAGAGGAGACAUCUUUGGCAUGUGGUUGUUUUAAAACAAACCUUUUCUGUUUCCAUUUCGGGGCAGCUUCAGGUUUUAUGAGGAGCGUUCAAAAGUAGUUAAUGUUGAUACCCUCGGUGAUAGUUACAGGUUGGCAAUGCAGAAAAAGAAAGGAAAAAAAUGAAGGUGUCACUUGCUGGUUUUGGAUUGGAAUCAGUGUGGUAUUUCCACUGGGACUUCUGGCUGUGGGACAUGGCUAUUCCUGGAGAUCCUUGAGCAGAGAAGUCCUUGUUCCAUUGGAAAUUGGAUCGUACCCUUUCAUUGGUCAUUAUUUUAUAUAUUUGCCUUUCUACCCCUCCAAUCUCCCAAGGGACCCGAGGCUGCUUACAUAUAUGGACAUAAUAAAAAAUGCAAUAGUAUAAAAACAAUACAAAAAUAUGAACAUCAAAAUCAGCUAAUAACAAGUUGGCAUAACAACCUGUCUGGCUACACGAAGGAGAAGACACGCAUGUCGCACCCAGGCGAAGGCGAUGGGACGGUGUUACCAAAAGGGGUGCCCAGCUGGCCCGACAGAAAAGGCCUGGCGGAAUAACUCCGCUUUACAGGACCUGUGGUACUGAGACAGAUUCCACAAGGCCCAGAUGUCAUUAGGGAGUGCAUCCCACCAGGCCGGGGCUAUAAAAGCCUCCUAGUCUGUGCUGAUGCCAGCUGGACAUCCUUGGGGCCAGGGACCACCAGCAGAUUCCCCUCCGCAGAUUGGAGGGGUCUUCAAGGAUAAUAAAAUGCAAUUACGUUUGUAUUUUACCUCCUCUGACCUUCUUGCGUUCAUAGGCCCCCUUUUAUAAAAUGAUGACUUUUGCAGGGAGCAAAGGUGGGUCCGUGGGGUGUCUGAAUAGAACACUUUAUUUACGGUCAAUGACCAAAUAUAUGUGGGGUGUCUGGAUUGUUCCCUGCUCUUUAAUGGCGUCCUGCUUAUCAGAUCCAUGGGGUUUCUGGAUUGUCCGUGUGGUCUCUGGAUUGUUCCCUGCUCUUUAAUGGCGUCCUGCUUAUCAGAUCCAUGGGGUCUUUGGAUUGUCCCUGUGGUCUCUGGAUUGUUCCCUGCUCUUUAAUGGCGUCCUGCUUAUCAGGUCUCCGUCCCUCAUGUGCUGACAAACACCCAUUCCACCACCAGCCCCCUAAUUCAAUGAGAUAGAAAGUUGUCAUGGCUAUUUUUAUGCAUCAUGAAGGCAGCAGAUUAGGCUGGACACUUGGAGUAUGGCUGGAGCAUCAGAAAAAUUAAGACAAAGUUUGGAAACAGCCAAGUGACUGCUGGAUCAGCACUAAAUAGCGAUGUCUGUUGAGCAGAUCCUGCUGUUUCAAAUGUUUUGGGUUCCCAUAUAUUAGAACGACCCGUUUCCUCCAAGCUAUCAAUAACCACAUCCUUGGUCUCUGAUUUUUUUUUUCACAACCUUUUUCACAGUAGGUUUUCACAAUCUUUAAUUGGCCUUUUGUCUCUCUCACAUGUAGCGUUUGGAUUUUAUUUUGGUUCCAGGUACGUAGCCCUCAUUGUUCAAAAACAAAUGCUAACUCUGACCAUGCAGUAAUGUUGGGUUCCUUUGUCCAUUUGAUUCUAGCGCCGUGUAGAAGACCAGCUAGCCUCUUCGAAGGCAGUUUUUGGGGGCAGCUUGAAUUGUACUAGGAAUCGGGAAGGAACAUUUUUGAGUGUUUUGUCGCUGGGUACAUUUCAUGCAAGUUCUGAGUGACCUGUGGACAGGGUUGCUUCUAAGCGAAAUUUUCCAAUGGCCUCAUUCCACGUUGACCCAUUAGCGAUUUCUGAAAAGCAUCUGCCUUGGCGUUCUGUUGACAUGGCACGAUUGACUGACGAGAGCGUAGUAAAUUGAUCUAUUUCAGAAUUUGCGUGGAGGGAUGGCAAAUUUUUCCUUUGGUCCUGUGGAUCAGAGCAGUGGCAAUCACGUACUUGUGGUAGUAGCCUGUCGUGUGACAUUUAAAAGGACCACAAGCCAGAGGGUGGAUCAGCCUCAUUUCUGGAGUGGCUGUGUAGGGUAGUGACGGAUCCACUUGGUUUGUACAUCACUUUACUGCGUUUCUGUAACUGGUAGGAGAUAAAGACUUCAAGAAUUCCAGCAGCACAGGUGCCAUUGAAAGGAAAUGAAAUUAUGCAGGAACAAUUUUCUCAUGAGUGGAACCCCAUGGCGACACAAAAUAAGAGGUAUUUUUCCUCCCCCCAUACUAUUUUAUAGUGCCUUCCUAAGCAGAGUUACACUCAUUGACUUAAAUGAACUUCAAGGGAUGUAACUGUGCCUAUGACAGCAUGCUUUAGUCAGCGUUUAUCCCCUGGUUUGGAUUUCUUCUCUCCAGCAAGUUUUAAAUACCUUGGAUCACAUUGUGUCUCCUGGGAUAAGUCUUGGCUGCUGCUCUGAUGGAUCCUUUCUGGGGGUUUUGCGUUGUGUUUUUAGGGUGGUCGUGCUUAGUUUUCUUUUUUAAACACACAGAUACACACAUCAGAGGCAUUUGUGAAGAACAAACUACACUUUGGUUUCCCCCAAACCCUUUCCAGAUUUUCUCCCGACUUCACAGUGAACUGUAUACGCUAAAGAGUGAAAACGUUUGCAAGGAAUACAGCGACGAGUUAUUCGCGAGUUGCCAGAAUGGGAUAACCCUCUUGCAACUUGCAGCGGGCUCUGUCGCUGUUUCUUUUAAUAAUAGUUAAGCCAUAUCAUCUAAGGUUUUUGGCUUGUUUUGAGAUGUGAAUUUGUUUUAUAGAUAAUAAAGUUAAACAUAUAUAGUGUAUGUAUAAAGCUGGAAUGCUUGUCCUUACUGAUUUUUUUGUACCAUAUUGUAAACUAUAUUAUUUAUUCUUUAUCAACUUGUGGGGGGGAGGUGUUUGGGUUAUUUAAUAUAAAUAUACAAAAGCUGUUAAAAAAACUUCCUUUGUUUUAAAUUUCCAAUUCAACUUGUAAAGCUGUUUUUAUGAUUGUGCAUAAAUACAUACUAAUCCUUGGUCUAA